AUGCAAGAGACUGCAAAGGAUAUUUGCCACCCCCACGGGGACUCACGCAGCGAGCAGUUUCACGCCAAAUAUACGCUACGUGAUGGCACCGGCAGCUUAAAAAUAGUCAUAACGAUUAUUGAAAGCACCAUCAAUGAUGUGGGUGUACCAGAUCCGCGGCCAAGGGCAUUUUACCCGGAUGGGUUUGACUGGAGCUCUCUUCACUUUGCACGCGACGUGGCUUGUGUAACUGAAGAGAUGAUCACGAAGUUGAUCGCAGGAGCUAAAGAGAAUAGCAGUGAGCGCAUUACAGAAAAGGUCGAACAGACGUACCUGAAGGGGAAACAACUCGGUUGCUUUUUAGGUUCCAAAAGCCACCAACUGUGCCCUGCAUUGGGAGAGUUCUACUCGAGGUCUCUGUGGGGUGGUAUAUACGGUAGGAGCGAAGUUAAGUGGGUGCCUUUAAUCCGAAGAGUCUGCAUUUUGGUAGGAUGUCCCAAUACGUGCUAUUUCUACAGAGCCCCCCACGGGCAUUUACUUGUGCAAGAUGGGAGCGCAAAGCCCUUCAUGUAG